UGGGGUUCGGCCCAGAAAAGCUAAACGAAAGACUGAACUCACCGAAGUAUACUGUCUUUGGGUCUUGCCUUCUGUCGGCGAUUCAAAGCUUAUCUCAUCACCCAGAUUCCUCGUUAGGUACUCGGCUAGGCUCUAACAGUGUAGGGCUACCUUCCCUUGCAGGAAUUCUCAUUUCAUUCUUAUCCAUGGCAGCGCCAGGGACUUUUCUUAAUUAGUAAACCUCUCAUUGGUUUUAUACUUUGUUUUCAUUCUCGUCUGUCUCGCAAAGUGAUUCUCUGAUUUCGAGUUUUAGAGAGAGUAUCUACAUUUUUCCGCUAUGGUCGAGAGGAAACUAUUCAAGACGAAGCUGUGCGUUUUGUACCAGAAGGGCCGCUGCAUGCGCCAGAGUUGCUCGUUUGCGCACGGCGACUCGGAGCUCCGGGGAUUCUCUGGUUCCUAUACUGCUCAACGAGAAUAUCAUGGCAGUGACUUAAGGAAUAAGCUUGACAGGAGGCACUCUCCACCACGAAGGUAUUCUCCAGUGAGAGAUGCAAGAGGCCGACAAACACUUCGUGAGUAUAGCUCUUCCAUAUCAAUUGAACGGACGAGAAAACGUAUGAAAAAACAACACUUCAAAGGCAAAGGUGAUUUUUCUGGAAGUUUGAGAAUCUCUGAGCGAACUGAAGAUAGAGUUAAAGAAGGAAAAAUUGCAUCCACUGAUUCCAGGGAUGAUCUCAAGGAUCAGUUAAAGAAAAUGCAGUCGGAUAUUAACAUGCUUGAACAUCACAAAAUUCAGCUAGGGGUCUAUCUAGAAGAGGGGGUCCAGGAAGCAGAUAGUCUUACUUCUAGAAUUCAGGAGCUUAAGGCUCAAUUAUACAAAGAGAAAGAGGAAUGUAAAAGGAUCACCUCAAGAAUGAAGAAGUUUGUGAAGGUACAUAAUCGUCAUUCACGGAUACAAGAUGAACUGAAGAGGUCACAAGUGCGACUUCAAAAGCUGGGAGAUCAGCUUGGGUCAGAUAUUACUAGAAAUGGUGCCAACGAAGAGGAUUCCAUAAAUAUCGUGAGUGAUGGAGAAACUAAUGGUUUUCCUGUAACCAAUCCACACAAUGAUUUGCAGAAUGAUGCUUCUCCUGGCAAGAAAAGGCUGUGUGUUAAUUGGGAUCCUUCUGAAGGAGCAAAACAAGCACUUUCUUGGCGUAAAAGAAAUGUGGAGUAUUUUGGAGGUGUUCUUGGCGUUGGUCAAAAUGGUGAAUCACGUGUCUUCGGUGAACCAGCUGAUUCAACAAGAGUAGGACAUCUGGACGACACAAUCAGAUUCAAGAAGCUUUCUAGGUGGAAUCUGCAACCUGUCCAGUCAAAUGAAAGUAAUGAAGUUGAGGCAUUGCAUAAUGGAACUGACAGUGCUAAGAGCCUAGCAAAGGAAGGCAAGAAUAAGCGAGGAAAGACUGUUCUUACAAGCAUCCUCAAUGCAGAUAAGAUGAAGGCUUUGGAUUCAGUGCUUGUACCAUCGACCAGCAUGGCUGCUCAUGUAGAAGACGAAGAGGUUGAGAUUGAAUUGGACAGACUUGAGGUAAAUGAACCUGCAGCUACAGGAAUUGGGAAAGGACCUGCAAAUGAGAUCAUGGGUGUGCUGCCAUUUCAACUUCCCCCACCACCUCCAAUCCGUCGGAAUGGUUAUUUGCUGGUUUGUCAUUUGAUCAUUGCAAACUUUCUCAGGCAUUAUAUUAUCUUAAUUUCAUAUUUAGACUUUACUCCUUUUUCCACUUUUUGUUUCUUUAAUUGACAUCUGAUAUGAGAGGUUUGAUUUGGCUUUGGCUUUGGCUUGCAGUAUGAGGGUGACAAUGAGAAUGUAGAUGUGGAUGCGCUCGAAGAAGAGAUUGAGAAUGUUGACAUUAUUUAAAAUUUUUAAUAGCGGUAAGAGUUUUGAUGGUUA